AUGCGACUGCAAUUGAGGACACUAACACGUCGGUUUUUCAGUAUGGCUUCAGGAUCUUCAACGCCAGAUGUGGCUCCCUUGGUGGACCCCAACAUUCACAAAGGUCUCGCCUCUCAUUUCUUUGGACUCAAUUCUGUCCACACAGCCAAGCCCUCAAAAGUCAAGGAGUUUGUGGCUUCUCACGGAGGUCAUACAGUUAUCAACAAGGUCCUCAUCGCUAACAACGGUAUUGCCGCAGUAAAGGAGAUCCGUUCAGUACGAAAAUGGGCCUACGAGACCUUUGGCGACGAGCGAGCAAUCUCGUUCACCGUCAUGGCCACCCCCGAAGAUCUCGCUGCCAACGCCGACUACAUUAGAAUGGCCGAUCAGUACGUCGAGGUGCCCGGAGGAACCAACAACAACAACUACGCCAACGUCGAGCUGAUUGUCGACGUGGCUGAGCGAUUCGGCGUCGAUGCCGUGUGGGCCGGAUGGGGCCAUGCCAGUGAAAAUCCCCUGCUCCCCGAGUCGCUAGCGGCCUCUCCCCGCAAGAUUGUCUUCAUCGGCCCUCCCGGAGCUGCCAUGAGAUCUCUGGGAGACAAAAUUUCUUCUACCAUUGUGGCCCAGCACGCAAAGGUCCCGUGUAUCCCGUGGUCUGGAACCGGAGUGGACGAGGUUGUGGUUGACAAGAGCACCAACCUCGUGUCCGUGUCCGAGGAGGUGUACACCAAGGGCUGCACCACCGGUCCCAAGCAGGGUCUGGAGAAGGCUAAGCAGAUUGGAUUCCCCGUGAUGAUCAAGGCUUCCGAGGGAGGAGGAGGAAAGGGUAUUCGAAAGGUUGAGCGAGAGGAGGACUUCGAGGCUGCUUACCACCAGGUCGAGGGAGAGAUCCCCGGCUCGCCCAUCUUCAUUAUGCAGCUUGCAGGCAAUGCCCGGCAUUUGGAGGUGCAGCUUCUGGCUGAUCAGUACGGCAACAAUAUUUCACUGUUUGGUCGAGAUUGUUCGGUUCAGCGACGGCAUCAAAAGAUUAUUGAGGAGGCUCCUGUGACUGUGGCUGGCCAGCAGACCUUCACUGCCAUGGAGAAGGCUGCCGUGCGACUCGGUAAGCUUGUCGGAUAUGUCUCUGCAGGUACCGUUGAAUAUCUGUAUUCCCAUGAGGACGACAAGUUCUACUUCUUGGAGCUGAAUCCUCGUCUUCAGGUCGAACAUCCUACCACCGAGAUGGUCACCGGUGUCAACCUGCCCGCUGCCCAGCUUCAGAUCGCCAUGGGUAUCCCCCUCGAUCGAAUCAAGGACAUUCGUCUCUUUUACGGUGUUAACCCUCACACCACCACUCCAAUUGAUUUCGACUUCUCGGGCGAGGAUGCUGAUAAGACACAGCGACGUCCCGUCCCCCGAGGUCACACCACUGCUUGCCGAAUCACAUCCGAGGACCCUGGAGAGGGUUUCAAGCCCUCCGGAGGUACUAUGCACGAGCUCAACUUCCGAUCCUCGUCCAACGUGUGGGGUUACUUCUCCGUUGGUAACCAGGGAGGUAUCCAUUCGUUCUCGGAUUCGCAGUUUGGUCACAUCUUCGCCUUCGGUGAGAACCGAAGUGCGUCUCGAAAGCACAUGGUUGUUGCUUUGAAGGAACUAUCUAUUCGAGGUGACUUCCGAACCACCGUCGAGUACCUCAUCAAGCUGCUGGAGACACCGGACUUCGAGGACAACACCAUCACCACCGGCUGGCUGGAUGAGCUUAUCUCCAACAAGCUGACUGCCGAGCGACCCGACUCGUUCCUCGCUGUUGUUUGUGGUGCUGCUACCAAGGCCCAUCGAGCUUCCGAGGACUCUAUUGCCACCUACAUGGCUUCGCUAGAGAAGGGCCAGGUCCCUGCUCGAGACAUUCUCAAGACCCUUUUCCCCGUUGACUUCAUCUACGAGGGCCAGCGGUACAAGUUCACCGCCACCCGGUCGUCUGAGGACUCUUACACGCUGUUCAUCAACGGUUCUCGAUGCGACAUUGGAGUUAGACCUCUUUCUGACGGUGGUAUUCUGUGUCUUGUAGGUGGGAGAUCCCACAAUGUCUACUGGAAGGAGGAGGUUGGAGCCACGCGACUGUCUGUUGACUCCAAGACCUGCCUUCUCGAGGUGGAGAACGACCCCACUCAGCUUCGAUCUCCCUCUCCCGGUAAGCUGGUUAAGUUCCUGGUCGAGAACGGCGACCACGUGCGAGCCAACCAGCCCUAUGCCGAGAUUGAGGUCAUGAAGAUGUACAUGACUCUCACUGCUCAGGAGGACGGUAUUGUCCAGCUGAUGAAGCAGCCCGGUUCCACCAUCGAGGCUGGCGACAUCCUCGGUAUCUUGGCCCUUGAUGAUCCUUCCAAGGUCAAGCAUGCCAAGCCCUUUGAGGGCCAGCUUCCCGAGCUUGGACCCCCCACUCUCAGCGGUAACAAGCCUCAUCAGCGAUACGAGCACUGCCAGAACGUGCUCCAUAACAUUCUGCUUGGUUUCGAUAACCAGGUGGUGAUGAAGUCCACUCUUCAGGAGAUGGUUGGUCUGCUCCGAAACCCUGAGCUUCCUUAUCUCCAGUGGGCUCAUCAGGUGUCUUCUCUGCACACCCGAAUGAGCGCCAAGCUGGAUGCUACUCUUGCUGGUCUCAUUGACAAGGCCAAGCAGCGAGGUGGCGAGUUUCCUGCCAAGCAGCUUCUGCGAGCCCUUGAGAAGGAGGCGAGCUCUGGCGAGGUCGAUGCGCUCUUCCAGCAAACUCUUGCUCCUCUGUUUGACCUUGCUCGAGAGUACCAGGACGGUCUUGCUAUCCACGAGCUUCAGGUUGCUGCAGGCCUUCUGCAGGCCUACUACGACUCUGAGGCCCGGUUCUGCGGACCCAACGUACGUGACGAGGAUGUCAUUCUCAAGCUUCGAGAGGAGAACCGAGAUUCUCUUCGAAAGGUUGUGAUGGCCCAGCUGUCUCAUUCUCGAGUCGGAGCCAAGAACAACCUUGUGCUGGCCCUUCUCGAUGAAUACAAGGUGGCCGACCAGGCUGGCACCGACUCUCCUGCCUCCAACGUGCACGUUGCAAAGUACUUGCGACCUGUGCUGCGAAAGAUUGUGGAGCUGGAAUCUCGAGCUUCUGCCAAGGUAUCUCUGAAAGCCCGAGAGAUUCUCAUCCAGUGCGCUCUGCCCUCUCUAAAGGAGCGAACUGACCAGCUUGAGCACAUUCUGCGAUCUUCUGUCGUCGAGUCUCGAUACGGAGAGGUUGGUCUGGAGCACCGAACUCCCCGAGCCGAUAUUCUCAAGGAGGUUGUCGACUCCAAGUACAUUGUCUUUGAUGUGCUUGCCCAGUUCUUUGCCCACGAUGAUCCCUGGAUCGUCCUUGCUGCCCUGGAGCUGUACAUCCGACGAGCUUGCAAGGCCUACUCCAUCCUGGACAUCAACUACCACCAGGACUCGGACCUGCCUCCCGUCAUCUCGUGGCGAUUUAGACUGCCUACCAUGUCGUCUGCUUUGUACAACUCAGUAGUGUCUUCUGGCUCCAAAACCCCCACUUCCCCCUCGGUGUCUCGAGCUGAUUCCGUCUCCGACUUUUCGUACACCGUUGAGCGAGACUCUGCUCCCGCUCGAACCGGAGCGAUUGUUGCCGUGCCUCAUCUGGAUGAUCUGGAGGAUGCUCUGACUCGUGUUCUGGAGAACCUGCCCAAACGGGGCGCUGGUCUUGCCAUCUCUGUUGGUGCUAGCAACAAGAGUGCCGCUGCUUCUGCUCGUGACGCUGCUGCUGCUGCCGCUUCAUCCGUUGACACUGGCCUGUCCAACAUUUGCAACGUUAUGAUUGGUCGGGUUGAUGAGUCUGAUGACGACGACACUCUGAUUGCCCGAAUCUCCCAGGUCAUUGAGGACUUUAAGGAGGACUUUGAGGCCUGUUCUCUGCGACGAAUCACCUUCUCCUUCGGCAACUCCCGAGGUACUUAUCCCAAGUAUUUCACGUUCCGAGGCCCCGCAUACGAGGAGGACCCCACUAUCCGACACAUUGAGCCUGCUCUGGCCUUCCAGCUGGAGCUCGCCCGUCUGUCCAACUUCGACAUCAAGCCUGUCCACACCGACAACCGAAACAUCCACGUGUACGAGGCUACUGGCAAGAACGCUGCUUCCGACAAGCGGUUCUUCACCCGAGGUAUCGUACGACCUGGUCGUCUUCGAGAGAACAUCCCCACCUCGGAGUAUCUCAUUUCCGAGGCUGACCGGCUCAUGAGCGAUAUUUUGGACGCUCUAGAGGUGAUUGGAACCACCAACUCGGAUCUCAACCACAUUUUCAUCAACUUCUCAGCCGUCUUUGCUCUGAAGCCCGAGGAGGUUGAAGCUGCCUUUGGCGGUUUCCUGGAGCGAUUUGGCCGACGUCUGUGGCGACUUCGAGUCACCGGUGCCGAGAUCCGAAUGAUGGUAUCCGACCCCGAAACUGGCUCUGCUUUCCCUCUGCGAGCAAUGAUCAACAACGUCUCUGGUUACGUUGUGCAGUCUGAGCUGUACGCUGAGGCCAAGAACGACAAGGGCCAGUGGAUUUUCAAGUCUCUGGGCAAGCCCGGCUCCAUGCACAUGCGGUCUAUCAACACUCCCUACCCCACCAAGGAGUGGCUGCAGCCCAAGCGGUACAAGGCCCAUCUGAUGGGUACCACCUACUGCUAUGACUUCCCCGAGCUGUUCCGACAGUCCAUUGAGUCGGACUGGAAGAAGUAUGACGGCAAGGCUCCCGACGAUCUCAUGACUUGCAACGAGCUGAUUCUCGAUGAGGACUCUGGCGAGCUGCAGGAGGUGAACCGAGAGCCCGGCGCCAACAACGUCGGUAUGGUUGCGUGGAAGUUUGAGGCCAAGACCCCCGAGUACCCUCGAGGCCGAUCUUUCAUCGUGGUGGCCAACGAUAUCACCUUCCAGAUUGGUUCGUUUGGCCCUGCUGAGGACCAGUUCUUCUUCAAGGUGACGGAGCUGGCUCGAAAGCUCGGUAUUCCUCGAAUCUAUCUGUCUGCCAACUCUGGUGCUCGAAUCGGCAUUGCUGACGAGCUCGUUGGCAAGUACAAGGUUGCGUGGAACGACGAGACUGACCCCUCCAAGGGCUUCAAGUACCUUUACUUCACCCCUGAGUCUCUUGCCACCCUCAAGCCCGACACUGUUGUCACCACUGAGAUUGAGGAGGAGGGUCCCAACGGCGUGGAGAAGCGUCAUGUGAUCGACUACAUUGUCGGAGAGAAGGACGGUCUCGGAGUCGAGUGUCUGCGGGGCUCUGGUCUCAUUGCAGGCGCCACUUCUCGAGCCUACAAGGAUAUCUUCACUCUCACUCUUGUCACCUGUCGAUCCGUUGGUAUCGGUGCUUACCUUGUUCGUCUUGGUCAACGAGCCAUCCAGAUUGAGGGCCAGCCCAUCAUUCUCACUGGUGCCCCCGCCAUCAACAAGCUGCUUGGUCGAGAGGUCUACUCUUCCAACUUGCAGCUUGGUGGUACUCAGAUCAUGUACAACAACGGUGUGUCUCAUCUGACUGCCCGAGAUGAUCUCAACGGUGUCCACAAGAUCAUGCAGUGGCUGUCAUACAUCCCUGCUUCUCGAGGUCUUCCAGUGCCUGUUCUCCCUCACAAGACCGAUGUGUGGGAUCGAGACGUGACGUUCCAGCCUGUCCGAGGCGAGCAGUACGAUGUUAGAUGGCUUAUUUCUGGCCGAACUCUCGAGGAUGGUGCUUUCGAGUCUGGUCUCUUUGACAAGGACUCUUUCCAGGAGACUCUGUCUGGCUGGGCCAAGGGUGUUGUUGUUGGUCGAGCUCGUCUUGGCGGCAUUCCCUUCGGUGUCAUUGGUGUCGAGACUGCGACCGUCGACAAUACUACCCCUGCCGAUCCCGCCAACCCGGACUCUAUUGAGAUGAGCACCUCUGAAGCCGGCCAGGUUUGGUACCCCAACUCGGCCUUCAAGACCUCUCAGGCCAUCAACGACUUCAACCAUGGUGAGGCGCUUCCUCUCAUGAUUCUUGCUAACUGGCGAGGCUUUUCUGGUGGUCAGCGAGACAUGUACAAUGAGGUUCUCAAGUACGGAUCUUUCAUUGUUGAUGCUCUGGUUGACUACAAGCAGCCCAUCAUGGUGUACAUCCCUCCCACCGGUGAGCUGCGAGGUGGUUCUUGGGUUGUGGUUGACCCCACCAUCAACUCGGACAUGAUGGAGAUGUACGCUGACGUCGAGUCUCGAGGUGGUGUGCUGGAGCCCGAGGGAAUGGUCGGUAUCAAGUACCGACGAGACAAGCUACUGGACACCAUGGCUCGUCUGGAUCCCGAGUACUCCUCUCUCAAGAAGCAGCUUGAGGAGUCUCCCGAUUCUGAGGAGCUCAAGGUCAAGCUCAGCGUGCGAGAGAAGUCUCUCAUGCCCAUCUACCAGCAGAUCUCCGUGCAGUUUGCCGACUUGCAUGACCGAGCUGGCCGAAUGGAGGCCAAGGGUGUCAUUCGUGAGGCUCUUGUGUGGAAGGAUGCUCGUCGAUUCUUCUUCUGGCGAAUCCGACGACGAUUAGUCGAGGAGUACCUCAUUACCAAGAUCAAUAGCAUUCUGCCCUCUUGCACUCGGCUUGAGUGUCUGGCUCGAAUCAAGUCGUGGAAGCCUGCCACUCUUGAUCAGGGCUCUGACCGGGGUGUUGCCGAGUGGUUUGACGAGAACUCUGAUGCCGUCUCUGCUCGACUCAGCGAGCUCAAGAAGGACGCUUCUGCCCAGUCGUUUGCUUCUCAACUGAGAAAGGACCGACAGGGUACUCUCCAGGGCAUGAAGCAGGCUCUCGCUUCUCUUUCUGAGGCUGAGCGGGCUGAGCUGCUCAAGGGGUUGUGA